AUGUCGUGGCAAACGUAUAUUGAUGAACAACUCCUUGGAACUGGGAAGAUCUCUAAGGCCGGCAUUUAUGGCCAUGAUGGUACUUUGUGGGCGGGUUCACCAAAUUUCAGUCCGAAACCUGAAGAAGUCAAAAUUAUCAUUGAGUCUUUUGAUAAUCCUCAGAAAAUUCAAGAAAGUGGAAUACAUUGCAGUGGAGUCAAAUAUUUUACCCUUUCUCAUAAUGACCAAAAUCUUCAUGGCAAAAAGGGUACUGCUGGUGUUAUUGCCGAGAAAACAAAUCAAGCCGUUAUUAUUGGGACUUAUGAAGAAGGCACAGCACCUGGGGAAGCCAAUAAAAUUAUCGGGAGCUUAGGUGAUUAUUUAAGAAGUAUGUCAGAAUUCGACUUUAACGAACAUUCGCAUCGUCGCUAUAACCCAUUAACAAAUUCUUGGGUCUUAUGCUCUCCACAUCGAACCAAACGACCUUGGCAGGGUCAACAGGAAACAGCUGAUAAUGAAUCGUUACCUAGUUAUGAUCCGAGCUGCUAUCUUUGCCCAGGAAAUAGACGUGCACAAGGAGAUACGAACCCUGAGUACCAGAACACGUUCGUCUUCACUAAUGACUUUGCCGCCGUAAAAAGUGAUCAACCUCAAUUUCUUCAUAAAUCUGACGGUGUCAGAGGAGAAUGUAAAGUUAUGUGCUUUUCCCCAAAACAUAAUAUCACCGUUGCUGAAAUGUCAAAAGAUGCCAUCAUUCCCGUGAUUAAAGCUUGGAUAGAAGUUUAUCGAAAUUCUUUUUCUAUACCUUAUAUUAAUCACGUACAAAUUUUUGAGAACAAGGGCGCAAUAAUGGGAUGUUCUAAUCCUCAUCCCCAUUGCCAAAUUUGGUGUACCGAAUUAAUUCCUGAAGAGCCUACCAAAGAAAUUAUUUCCAUGACAAAAUAUUAUGAAAAAAAUAAUUCUUGUCUUUUAUGCGAUUAUGUUCUAUUAGAAACGUUAAAGUUAAAAGACAAACCAAGAAUAGUGUGUGAAAAUGAUUCGUUUGUAUGCGUGACACCGUUCUGGGCGAUAUGGCCUUAUGAGACCAUGAUAAUUGCAAAAUCUCAUAUAACAAGUUUGAUUGAAUUGGAUGGAGAAAAACAACUAAGUGAUCUUGCGGACAUUAUUCGUAGGAUUACAUGUAGAUAUGAUAAUGUAUUUAAAUGCUCUUUUCCUUACUCUAUGGGAAUUCAUCAGGCACCUAUUGAUGAAAAGGAUCAUUCACAUGAUUCGCAUUUGCAUUUACAUUUUUAUCCUCCGUUAUUGAGAAGUUCAACUGUUAAAAAAUUUUUGGUUGGAUAUGAAAUGCUCGCUGAACCACAGCGUGAUCUCACACCUGAACAAGCGGCUGAUACUUUGCGCAAAUGCUCUGAAAUCCAUUAUAAACAAGAAAAAUAA